AUUCACUCGCUCUUAUCACAAAACCCAAACCCUCCCAACUAUUCCACGCGCCUACACACUCCACGCUCCUCACUCUACGAAAGUAUAUAACAUCAAACGGCGUCGUAUAACCGAAAGUGAACACACUUGCGCGUGGGUUUAAUAUAUAUCUUUUUUUAAUAGCCCACCUGACUCUUUCCCUUUAUUCUUCUAUCUCCCUUUCUUUUUCCCAUUUUCUUCAAUUUCCCCCAAAAAAAUAAUUUAAUCAAAUCUCUCUUCUCUCUCUCUAAUGGCGGCGACAUUAGGCAGAGACCAGUAUGUGUACAUGGCGAAGCUCGCCGAGCAGGCGGAGCGUUACGAAGAGAUGGUUCAAUUCAUGGAACAGCUCGUUACAGGCGCUACUCCGGCGGAAGAGCUCACCGUUGAAGAGAGGAAUCUCCUCUCUGUUGCUUACAAAAACGUGAUCGGAUCUCUACGCGCCGCCUGGAGGAUCGUGUCCUCUAUUGAGCAGAAGGAAGAGAAUCGUAAGAACGACGAGCACGUGUCGCUUGUCAAGGAUUACAGAUCUAAAGUCGAGACUGAGCUUUCCUCAGUUUGCUCUGGAAUCCUUAAGCUCCUUGACUCGCAUCUGAUCCCAUCUGCUGGAGCUAGUGAGUCUAAGGUCUUUUACUUGAAGAUGAAAGGUGAUUAUCAUCGUUACAUGGCUGAGUUUAAGUCUGGUGAUGAGAGGAAAACUGCUGCUGAAGAUACCAUGCUCGCUUACAAAGCAGCUCAGGAUAUCGCAGCUGCGGAUAUGGCACCUACUCAUCCGAUUAGGCUUGGUCUGGCCCUGAAUUUCUCAGUGUUCUACUAUGAGAUUCUCAAUUCUUCAGACAAAGCUUGUAACAUGGCCAAACAGGCUUUUGAAGAAGCCAUAGCUGAGCUUGACACAUUGGGAGAGGAAUCCUACAAAGACAGCACUCUCAUAAUGCAGUUGCUGAGGGACAAUUUAACCCUCUGGACCUCCGAUAUGCAGGAGCAGAUGGACGAGGCCUGAGGAUCUAGAGGAAGGGGGGAGAGUGUUAUGCCCGAUGUUUCCGCCACCAAAUGGAUCUCAAAAUCCCCAUAACCUUUGCUCAAAAACUGUGAACAUAUUUAAGUGUUUAUGAUGAUUAUGAUUGUGCACAGCUUGAUGAUUUAUCUACUCUACUAAACCUCUUCUCUCUUAAUAUUUAUUGUCUCUUGACUCUGCUCAAGCCUUAAAAAAACUCUUUCUCCUCUGGUUAAAUUA